AUGUCUGUCAACAAACUACACAGCACGUUUCCUAGCCCGACUCGCUGCACGUCUCUUAGUUCGACGUACAGCACGUCUCUUAGUCCGACGUACAGCACGUCUCUUAGUCCGACUAAGUCCUACAGGGAGCCUCUUAGCCCGACUAAGCCCUGCAGGACGUCUCUUAAUCCGACUUCCAGCACGUCUUUUAGUCUAACUUACAGCACGUCUCACAGUCCGACCUACAGCACGUCUCUUCGUCCUGCUUACAGCUCGGCUCCUAGUACGACCUACAGCACGUCUCUUCUCCCCAUGUACAGCUCGGCUCUUAGUACGACUUACAGCAUGGCUUUUAUUCCGACUAACAGCACGUCUCUUAGUCUAACUUACAGCACGUCUCUAAGUCUAACUUACAGCACGUCUCUUAGUCCGACUUACAGCACGUCUCUUAGUCUGACUUACAGCACGUCUCUUGCUCCGACUUACAGCACCUCUCUUAAUCCGACUUUCAGCCCGUCUCUUAGUCCGACUUUAAGCACAUCUCUUAGUCCGACUUACGGCUCGUCUCUUGCACUGACUUAUAGAACGUCGCUAAGUCCGACUUGCUGCACGUCUCUGUCCGACUUACAGCACGUCGCUUAG